AUGGCAACUGACGAGUGGGAAAAGAACACUCUCAUAAAUGUGGCAAUGCCACUCACAAACCUCCCUCCGUACAACGAGCAGAACACCAAGAACUGGUUUUUACAGCUGGAAGCCAUUUUCUCGGUACGGAAAAUCACAUCACAACAAGCAAAAUUCGUCAACGUGGUACAAGUUUUGCCACCUUCAGUUGUCGACGAAGUAGCCGACAUCUUGGAACACGGGCGACAGAACACCCUCACAGCUUCUACGCUUCAUGAGGAGCCGACUGGGGAAACAUUCCAUGGCCGAAUCAAUCUUGCGCGAACUGUGGAUGGACAAGUUACCCACUACCAUAACGCAGAUAUUGGCGCAAUCGCUGAUAACACUCCACUGGACCAGUUAGCAAACUCCGCUGACCGCAUCGCAACUAAACUGGACCAAGGAGUGUGUGCCGUGCAACGCCCAGACGACACAUCAGCCAAAGAAACGGACCUGGAAAAGGCGGUAGCUGACCUGCAGCAUCAGCUGCAGGAUAUACGAAUGCUACUUUCCCGCACAUCGAGAGGCCCGAUGCCGGCGACCGGCGGUUGGCGACGGAGAGCACGGAGUACCAGCAGGGGUCGACGAGUCGACCGGAAUUAUGCUGGUACCAUCACAGAUUCGGCACCAGGGCAAAAGAAUUGCUCGGCACCCUGCAAAUACAGCUCCAAAACCAAGACUACCAAGCUGCGAUCCUGCGCGACCUCCACCCAAGGACGAACUGACUACACCACAGCACUGUCGCGUCGAUCCUCUCUCUCUGCAAGCGCCGACGCACCCUUUACUCAAGUACAGACAUCCAGGGAUCGACUGGACCUCGGACAUCCCUGUUUCCAUUCGGCCUACCUCCAAGCUGUCGCCUUGAAACCUGACAACGCUCCUCCAAGACUACACGACCGAACUACUACAAACGAUUAG